GCUUAGUCUUUUUUUUUUUUUUUUUUAAAACCGUGUAUUUUUUGGGUUAAUUAUAGAACGAACAAAGAACUCUCUCGAAGAUGACCUCAUGUUCGCCCUCGGAGCCCCCGCCGGUGGACCGUAGUCUCCCUCCUCCACAGCCCCUCCCAAAUAUUUUAACCUCCAUCCAAUCCCCUUACGAACCUCUAUUUGCUUCAAUCUCCCAACAAACACCGAUUACCCAUCCUAGUUCUACCCCAGUUCCGUCUCCUAAAUCCUUCAACGAUAUGUUGGUGCAGGGAAAUUCCUCAAUCGAGCCCCCUCUUGUUACUUAUGAGGAAUUAGUGGCAGCAAACCUCGAUUUGGAGACCCAAACCUCGAUGGCCGAAGAUGGUUCCAGCUCCCCUCAACUAAAGGUCCCCAAAGUUGGAAUCCCUAAAUCCAUAUGGGAAUGACUUUGUGCCCUGGAAAAAUGCAGUUAUUAUCAAACUCCUGGGGAAAUCGGUCAACUUCCAUGUUCUACACUCGCGACUGUUGAAAUAAUGGAGAGUAGGGAAUGAAUUUGAAAUCAUAGAUGUGGGUCUAGGCUACUAUAUUGUCAAGUUUUGCUCUCCUCAAGACUGCUCUAUGGUUUUAACUAGAGGGCCAUAUAAACUGUUUGACCACUA